AGACGGAUGAACCGGGAGGAAUUGAUCGCGGGUAUCAGACACGGCGACAUGACCUCAAUGAAAAGACUAACGAUGGAUCUUCAGAAAUUGAUCGAAGACCUCAAUCAUGUCGUCAAUGCAAUACCGCAUUUGUUUGAUCUUCCGCAUAAGACUAAUGUUAUCGUCGUGUCUGGCGAAUCUGUAAGUGCCGUAUUGGCUCCAGGAUCUUUGAAAGUUGUUCUCUUUUCUUAUACCAGACAUAGAACUAUAGAGGGCACUCCUUGUUAUCGUAUGCAUAAUUCUGACCUAACAAAAGUGGCAGGAUUUUCUUUUACCACUCCGAGUUUCACGCUAUGCUAUCAUGAAGUUAGCGAGUGUUGUGAGUGUGUGGGUGGAAUAUUCUUAGCCCCGGACGCUUUUAGUCUUCCUUAGUUUUUCUUGAUCUGUGACGGAACUACAUAAUGUGAUACUGUAUAAGUACAAAUUUUCGUUCACGAAAUCUUUCGUUAUUUCACUCCACCAGCAGGCUUGUUACUAAACUUCGUUUUUGGUUGAGGUCUGUCACCCCCAACGUUCAGAAAAAAAACUUUAGUUUGGUACAAACUUAAAAGUUAUUUCGUGCCCCCUAACGAAUAUAGUGAAAGUGAAUUCCAAACGAAAAUUUGUACCUAUACAGUAGGUUGAUAUGGGUAUUCUGUUGGUUUUAUUGCAUUAGAGGUGUGUUCAUUAGUGAAACACUCCACGGCUCCACACUGCGCUCAAGCAGAAGACAUGUAGUUGUGUUAAGAUUGUUUUCGUAGGUGCACAGCAUGAUUGUUUGUCUCACUACACAGUUCUAACGUUACAAUUAGUGUCUCGCCCCUGUUGCACUCAGUUCUCACUACACUUCUAGUGUCUCACCUUUCUUCAUUCUAUUUUAGCAUUUUGUUUUGCUCUCGUAACACAUUAUUGAAUGUAUAUUUAACAGGGCCGUCGCACACGGUACGGUCACUACGGUAUUGACCGUACCACUAUUUGCCCCAAGUACCCCGUGAAUCAAUAAACUGCACUGAUUUGGGCUCUAAAUGUCCUAAAUUUUCGGCCCAGCAUGUGAUGAUAUUGGAACUCUAUAUCAUUUGGUGCCAUUAAUGAUCCCUAUGCAUACCGGUAUAACUAUAUCCUCACGUCCUAAUAUUUACACCUGUCCAUAUUAUGUGAAGAACAGGUUGGUGCGACUUC